UGUUGGGGUUCGCGCCAGCUGUGAUCCCACAUCAUGUGACGUUCCGAUCACAGCAGCUACAGCUCGUGGCGCAGUGAGGGAUCCGUGUUCUCAACAAAAGGCAAUUCAGUGACAAGUUCUAAAAUAAUCCCUACGAAUAAGCGUGUUUGCCGAAUGGUUGGCAAAAGCAGGACUUCCGUUAUUUGGUUUUUAUGACAAAUAAUGCUUUUUUUCCAUCCACUUUUUCUUGAACUCUUGCUAACUAUGUGAGCACAUGCUAGUACCCACACUGACCCACGCUGGAAGCUGGGGCGCAGCAGCCGCACUGGAGCUUCUGAGCCGACGAUCAUUUCCGACAGAUCCGUAUGGAUUUGACGUCGACAUACGCUGGUGCUUGAUGUUUUUUCACGGGCCCGAUUGAAGCAUAUCUGGAGAAUGGGGGGACCUUGUGACCUAAAAAAGUUCACAGAGUGUGACGUAACUUGGGGGAGCUCAUUUCUCUGAUUUGGAUUAUUCUUGGCCAGGAGACUCUUCAGGCUUCCUAUUCCUUGACGAGUUUCUCAAUGGACAGUGUGGCCAAGUCAGAGCUCAGAGAGGAAGGGAGUGGUGCUUCGGUUAAAGUGGAAGGCCUGUCCAAGUCAGCUUUAAUUAAGAGUUUGUCUCCCAGAGUCAUUCUGUCCAACCACUUCUUGCCAAAAGGGACCAAGAUGAGGGUAAAUUUAGAAGACCAGGGUCGUCAGAAAGUGUCCUUCAGCUUCGCACAGACAAAGAAGCCUUUGCAAAGUCCGCUCUUCAUCCCUGCCAGUAAUGAUACGCCUGUCACCGAACCUCAAGGUGCCUUGUCGCAGUCGAGCUCAGAAAAAGCAGGGAAAAGUACAGAUGGCAAAGCUGAGCAAAAGCAGACGAUUUUGGUGCCAACAUCUGUAGCAGAGAUAACUUCUCCCACAUCAGUCUCUGGCUCCACCAGACUAAAAACAAACUUGGCAAAGAUGCACUUCAAGAAACAAAUUCUGAAUGUGUCUGCAUCUGUAGAGAAACCAGCGUCUGUUACAUCAGAAGAGCUGCACACGUCAGAACUGCCGAAGUCGUCAAGCAAAGGUGUAGCCGACUUUCCAGUGCCGCAGCCUCAGAAUGCUGAUAGUCUCUCGGAAAAUGUGCUGACAGAACUUUUGGAGACAAAAGAAAGCCCCAUCUCCAAGAAGCCAGCGGCUUCUCAAGGAAAAGACGGUGACAGUUCCAGCAGUACUGAUCGGGAAAAUGUUUACAAAAGGGUAACCAGGUCACAAUUGGAUAGUGCUCCCCAUGCCUCAGAAACUGAUGGAGAGUCAGCUCAUGUGUCUUCCAGGCGUCAAUCGGCAGAUUCAAAAAGCAAAACUAACUCAGACAGCAGAGACAAAGUUAAAAAGUCUUCCUCAAGUUCACAUGUCGGGGAAAGAGAAAAAAGUUCCUCUAAGCGAUCAGAGAAUCAUGAAAGGUCUUCUAGUUACUCUAGGUCGGACCGCGACUCGAGAAACACAUCCUCACGCUCAUCACGAUCAGAGAAAGAUCGAAGAAGGUCCAGGUCUAGAUCCCGAUCUCGAUCGAGAGGGCCUCGGACAAGUUCAUCUUACUCCAGAUCAGAGAGAUACAGAAGUGACAGAGGAUCUCGCUCUGAAAGGUCGUACUAUCACGAAUCUGAUCGGCGAUCGCACAGGAGUUCUCCCCGCAGAGAGAGAAGACUUUCUCGUUCUCGUCAAGACAGAACACGAGAGAGUUCUCACUCUGACGAGGACCAUAGGAGAACAAGAACAACAGACUCGACUAGGUCAUCCCACCACUUAAACUCCCACAAAGAGUCCAAAUCCUCAUCCUCUUCCAAGUCUGACAAAUCCUCUAAAUCUGUGGAUUCUUCUCAGUCCUCCGAAUUUGACAAAAGAUCACAAUCAUCAAAGUCUGAAAGGACUUCAAAGAGAUCAGACUCUGAUUCUCAACGCAAGUACUCUCCAGUUUCAGAUUUGUCAUACCGAAAAUCCAGCAGUCAUUAUAAGUCAGAGACUAAUGAUAAUGCAUCUCAUACACAAUCGAAGACACAUGAAAAACACCAUAAAAGCAGCUCCAGUGACUCUGAAGGAAAACUACACCCCACUGAGAAAAGUAAUGCCACUUCAGAGAAAUGUAAAGAAUCUGAAAAAGAACGCAAAAGGUCAGAGUCAAAAGAUAUGGCCCCCUCUAAAUCUCCUGUGAAAUCCUCUGAAUAUGACCGCCAACCAAAUGGCACAAAUGCGCUGUCAUCAACAACCAUCUCAGAAACUUGUCCUCAAAGUGAAAAGGUGAGAUCCGAUCUUCAACCUGAAAGUAACACGCACAGUAAUGAGAAUACUAACGAAAUAGCUGAAUCUACUGACACAGUACUUCAAGAAUCGCUUUCAAGGUGCGAUCAAGAAGAACAAUCUGAACUUGAAAUAGCUAUAACUGCAUGUGAAAGCCUGAAUCCUGAAGGUGUCUCUUUAGAUGAUUUGUACACUGUGAAGGACAGCUUCUCCUCUAACGACCAAUCACAUCCAAAUAAUGAUGCAGCUGGACUUGACUUGUGCAAGAGUGAGGAGAGUAUCGUGUGCAAACAAGAAGAAAAUGUUUUAGAUCUCUAUUCAAAGUCCUCUCCUCAUGAACCUGCCACACAGGAUGUUAAGCAAAGCACUAAAUUGGAGAUUAAUGAACCAAAUGAAGUGUUGGCACUGGAGAACCAAGCAGCUAAAAGAGAGACACUUGAAUCUGAUCCACCAUGUCUUACAAAUGAAAGUCAGCAGGUGCAGGCACAGCCAAACGUUGAUGCUGCGAAAAAGGUUAGUUGUUCCUCCAGAAAGUCUAGGUGGGAUAUUGUUGGGCAGGACAUUUUUGAAAAUGAUAACUCACAAAGAGCAGGUUAUGAAGAGAGUAAUCCUGUUGUCCAAAGUUCCAGAUUUUCUAACCAUGUUUGUCAAGAUUCUGAAAUUCAACAAGCGCUUGCUACACAAUUCACACUGACCAACCAAGGGGAGAUUUCUGAACAGCAAGUCGGUUCAGACACCAUGAUCUAUAAAUACAAAGACCAAAGUGAGCCUUCACAAGCAAGCACCACCACCAGUUAUCACUGUGACGUAAAGCUCACUGCUCCUCAAACACCAACAAACUCAAACGAACCCUUGCACAUCCUGGACAAGCAACCAAUCAUCUCGGGUUUGAACACACAAAGCUGGAACGGCGAAAGCCAAGAAAACGAUCCCAAGGAAAGCACAGAGAAAACCAAGAUGAGUAAACGAGCGCCAGCCAGGCAGGAUGCUUUAGGAAAACAGAGCGAAGGAAGUGACAGCGACAACUCUGAGUAUGACUCUGAUUGUGAGAAGGCUAUAAAACAGUUGCACUCUGUUGUAGUGGUGCCAAAGAACUCUUCUCUGACAAAAGAUGCAAAGCAUAGAGAGAUGUCUCCAUGCCAUGCUGAAAAUCUGUCAACCCUGUCCACUUCAUGUCUACCAGCCUGUGGGAAUCUCUACGAAGUCCCAAAUCAAAUUUACUCCAAACAAACACAACCCUCAGGACAGAGCGGUUCGAGUGAUUCUCUCAUCAGCAGUGUGUCGUGUCAGUCCCAGAGCAAUACAAUCGAUAGCACCAGUCACUCAGAGGGGGCCAGUUUCAUGAGCACCCAGCCUUUUAUGGCUGGGAAUGACAGUUCCCACGGACAAGCCUCAAAUUCUAUCCAAACUUCAGAUAUUUUCAAAAAGUUUGGACAAGAGCUCAAACAACGUCACAUAACUAGCCAAGAACAACAGAUGUUUUCCUACUACCAGCGUGAAGAUCGUUCUACUGCUGACAGUAUUAAUGACAAGCACGCCUUCCCUCUUGGUUGGGACUAUUCCCAGUCAGAACAGCCAACUAGUACAUGUCAGCAGCCCGAUAGCAGCCAUGGGUCUUUGUUAACAAACACUAAGCUGACAGGAGCAGCAUCCAUUGGUCCAGAACCCAGACAUGCUGUUGCUUCCUGCACACAACAGCCCCCAAGCAUGCAGGCCAUCAAGAAACCCUACCUCCAUGAGCAUUAUCAGGAAACUUCCAAUGAAAUCCAUCCUGACUCUCUCACUAAUGACCAUGAUGACUACAGUGAGGAUAAACUGUCAUCGAGUCAGGCAGCUUCACUAAACACUCCAGGUUCAUCAAGCUUUGUGCAAGCCCAUGAAAUAAGCAGCAACAGCAGAGGCUCUGUGGCGCCCGACCUUUCCAGAGAUGACACCUUCAGGCCUCACAGGGGCAGAGGCCCUCCAAAGAAGAGGCGUCCUGAAGUGGAGUCGGACUCGGACAACGAGGCGGAAGUGGGACCCUCGAGCAAAAGGGAGCGUCUGAGGGACGGGGAAGUCUCCAAGGAGACUGUUGUAAAAACUGAGACGCAUCGGCCACCACUCAGUUUGCGAGACUUUCAAGAUGCCCAAAAAUGGAAAGACUUUGCCAGAUCUAAAAAGAUGCCCCCCUACUUUGACCUGAUUGAAGAGAACCUGUACUUGACUGAGCGAAAGAAGAGCAAAUCUCAUAGAGACAUCAAGAGGAUGCAGUGCGAGUGUCCACUUCUGUCCCGAGAGGAGCGCAGCAAAGGAGUGAUGGCAUGUGGAGAAGACUGUUUGAACAGGCUGCUGAUGAUUGAAUGCUCAUCACGGUGCUUGAAUGGAGCAUACUGCUCUAACCGCCGGUUCCAAAAGAAGCAGCACGCAGACUUUGAGGUCAUCCUUACAGAUGACAAGGGCUGGGGACUGCGCGCAGCUAAAGACAUGCCUCCGAACACUUUUGUCCUCGAAUAUUGCGGCGAGGUGCUGGACCACAAAGAGUUUAAAACAAGAGUGAAAGAAUAUGCUCGCAAUAAAAACAUCCACUACUACUUUAUGUCUUUAAAAAACAAUGAGAUCAUUGAUGCAACGUUGAAGGGGAACUGCUCUCGGUUUAUGAACCACAGCUGUGAGCCCAACUGUGAGACCCAAAAGUGGACUGUUAAUGGCCAGCUUCGGGUUGGGUUCUUCACCACAAAAACGGUCGCUGCAGGAACUGAGCUGACGUUUGACUACCAGUUUCAGAGAUAUGGGAAAGAAGCGCAGAAAUGCUUCUGCGGAGCGCCCAGCUGCAGAGGCUUCCUCGGCGGGGAGAACAGAGUCAGUGUUCGAGCAGCUGGGGGGAAGAUGAAGAAAGACCGCAAUCGAAAGAGCGCCCUCACCACGGUGGAUGAAGAGCUGGAGGCCUUACUGGAGAACGGAGAAGGCCUGUGUGAUGAGAAGCAGGUGGUUUCUCUCUGCAGACUGAUGGUUCGAGUGGAAACGAUGGAGCAGAAACUCAUUUGUCUCAAGCUCAUACAGAUUAUGAAAACCCUGGCGGUGCUUCCCAUCUCAACCAAGAACAUGCUGGAGGAGAGCAAAGUUCUGACUCUCAUUCAGCGCUGGGCUCAAACGAAAACCCUCCCACAGCAGACGGAGAUGGACGGUUACUCCAGCGAGAACACGUCCCGUGCCCAGACCCCACUCAACACUCCUGACGGUUCCGCCAACAAACUGGGACCUGAGCUGGACGGCGAAGCCUCCAAGCCUGCUGUGUACCGCCGUCUGAAAAUCAUCAGUGAGAACAGUCUCGACAGCGCGCUUUCUGACGCCAGCAAAGCAUCUGACGGGAAGGAGGAGGAGGAGGAUGAGGAAGACGAGGAAGAGGAUGAAAAUAUGCACGGAGAUCCACCUGAAGAAAAGGAAAUGAAGGUCGAAGCUGUGGAUGGGACAAAAGAAUCGACACUCGAGCCGGUGACGGAAAAUGUGAGCGAGAAGCAGGAAGAGCCGGAGAUGAGUCGAACAAGUGAACAAAAUCUGACUGUGGAAGCAAAAACGGAUUCUGAUGUGAAAAUGGAAGACUCUGAGAUAAAGGAAGACACUCAAAUAGAGCCUCAGCAGGAAGUUCCAGGCGAUAAACAGGACAGUUCAGAGAAGCAGAUUAGCCAGACGGUGGAAGAAAAGCCCGAUUCUGAGCCAAAUGUGCCAGAAAGCCAGUCCAGCCAAGAAGGGGCUGAUGAUCUCCCCUCAGAGACUUUGGAGGUGCUCGAAGAAUUACAGGACGCAGAUAAACCCCCUCCCCCUCCUCCUCCGCCCCCUCCUCCUCCUCCUUUACAGACUGACCCCCACCCUGCUGAAGCUACAACCAACGUGUCCCCAAGCUCUGAGACCGUAGAGGCAGCCGCACCUCCUGAUGUCACCGCAACACCUGUGGAGCCCUCAGCCGUAGGAACUCCUUCUCAGGAUGAGGAGGAAGGUCUGUCCGAUGUGGAGAGUGAACGGAGUCAGGAGCCCCAGCACAAUGUUUUGGACAUAAGCAGCAUGGCUGCCCGGCUGCUGGAAACGUGGAAGGACCUGAAGGAGGUCUACAGGAUACCAAAGAAGAGUCAGGUGGAAAAAGAAGCGAGAAAUCGCAGCCGGGAUCGGGAGACGGGUUUAACGCCGCGCACCGCCUCAGGCAGCCGUGAGCGUGAGAGGGAAAGGGAGCGGGAGCGAGAGAGGGAGCGGGACAGAGACCGGGAUAGAGACUAUGACAAAGACAGGGAUCGAGACUGGGACAGGGACAGGGACAGGGACAGAGAGCGAGACCGCGACCGGAUCUCAGACAAAACUCCACGCAGCUCUGAGCGGCGGAGGAGGCGCUCCCUGUCUCCACCGCCUUCCUCCUAUGAGAGGAGCAGUCGGCGCACAGAAGAGCGCAAGACACCAAGAGGAGUCAGCAGUAAGGAGCGCAACAAGCUGUCCACGGAGGAGCGGAGGAAGUUAUUUGAACAGGAAGUUGCUCAGCGUGAAGCCCAGAAACAGCAACAACAACAACAGCUUCAGCAGCAACAACAACAACAGCAGCAGCAGCAACAGCUCCAAACGAUGGUUUAUGAUCCCGCUCUGGCUUAUGUGUCAAGCCCCAGCUUCAUCACCUACCCUCCUGGAUACCCAAUCCAGACCUUUGUGGAUCCCUCCAACCCCAACGCUGGCAAAGUCCUCCUUCCCACCCCCCCAGUCGACCCCGGCGCCAACUAUGAACAGACCCCUCCUUUGGCUUCUACUGGCCUGGUCUCUGAAAUAGCCAUACCAUCUCCCUCCUCCACUUCCCAAACAGCUCCAGCCUCUAACCUCUCCCAGCACAUCACCACCACAAACAUCGCCACCGGCACCCCCCAGCAGUACGCCCAGCCAAAUGUAGCCACCCAGGACGCGGGGGUAGCCGUGCUCUCUGUGCCACCCCAGCCAACCACUCAGGUCCAGAGCCAGCAGAGCUACACCACCCUCUGGGAUCCCACCACCCAGCAGGCAGUGACGGUUCAGACACAGCCUGCACAGCAGUACGCUGCAGCUGCAGGACAGGCUCAGCCACAGGCAGCCAUCUAUUACCAGGGCCAGCCAUGCCAGGCUAUCUACAGCAUCCCUGCUGCCUACCCUCAGGCCAAUCCUCCAGUCAUACAGGCUUAUACUGAACCCACAGCCAGCUACCUGCACGGUCAGGCGGUGUACCCUGGUCACCAGCAGGGGGUGGUGGUGCAGCAGGGUGGUACAGUGACCACCAUUGUGACAUCCCAAACUGUUCAACAGGAAAUGAUCGUGCCCAACAAUGUGAUAGACCUUCCUCCUCCCUCUCCCCCCAAACCCAAAACUAUCGUCCUACCUCCCAAUUGGAAAGUGGCCCGGGACCCUGAAGGAAAGAUCUACUACUACCAUAUCGUCACAAGGCAGACGCAGUGGGAUCCUCCCACCUGGGACGGAAGCAGUGACAGCACCAGUGUGGACCAUGAAUCCGAGAUGGACCUGGGAACCCCAACCUAUGAUGAGAAUCCUUCCAAGUUCUCCACUAAAACAGCAGAAGCGGACACUUCCAGUGAACUGGCUAAGAAAAGCAAAGAGACGUUCCGAAAAGAGAUGUCCCAGUUCAUAGUGCAAUGUCUAAAUCCGUAUCGUAAGCCAGACUGCAAAUCUGGACGCAUCAGCAACACUGAAGAUUUCAAACACCUGGCUAGGAAGCUUACUCACGGGGUUAUGAAUAAGGAACUGAAAGCCUGCAAGAACCCAGAAGAUCUUGAAUGCAACGAGAAUGUGAAGCACAAGACCAAGGAGUACAUCAAGAAGUACAUGCAGAGGUUUGGCGCCGUGUACAGGCCCAAGGAGGACACGGACGUGUACUGACCUGUGAGGGCCACAGAUGUCCCGGCUGCCUCUGCUCCGGAGAAGCACACAUCUGCCUUCCCACCACCUCCUUCCUGUAUGAUCUGGACAGCUUGAACCGUGAAGUCAUUUCUUAUUUAUGUCUACUAGUUGCACUGCUGCCGAAGAUGCUCUCCGGGCCUCGUGGAGUGUUGCUAAACAACCCAAGACUCUAAGGUGCGGUGUUGGCGAUGGAUGAUACUGAGCGGUGCUAAAGAAACUAAUGUUUGCCCUGACUGUUUCAUUUUUAGAUUUUUUUUUUGUCUAUUUGAGACUCUUAAUGUUCCUGAGAUGAUCACCUUUAUUCCACUUUUUAAAACGUCUGAAUCAAAGUAACUUAAACAAAUUGGUUUUCCUAUAAGAUACGUGUAUUUUUUUCCACUGUUCAGAUGUGACAGAAUAGCCCCUCCCUUCCCAAUCAUCCAUUUCCACUGACUAUAAACUGGUGCUGCUUUUAACUGGUCUGUGGAGGUCCAAGUUUCCCCUCAUCAAACCUUUACCCACAACACUUAGGAAAACGGUGUUUGUUUUAUACGAAUGUGCGCCGGUGAAACUCCCAACAUCUUCUCUUCUGGUCAGGUUAGAAAAUUGGGUAGCAAGCUGUUUUUAGACGAUUAAUACCAGGAAUUUGUUUCCCCAAUUUCUCCAUUCAAAAAUGAAAUUUAAAAAAUGAAGGUUGUAGCAUUGUAGUUUUAAUAAUGACUAAAAAAUUCUCACAUAUUCUGGUCUUUUCUUUUACCUCAGUUUAUAAUCAAGAAGUUUGGUGCGGUUCGGCCUGUGUCUCAAGCUGUCCCUCGCUAAAUUUGAAAGUUUUUUACUGUUGACAGUAAAAAAAAAUGGUCUCCAUGAAGCAUCAGUUUUAUUAGAGCCCAUUAAAUCGCAUUAAACGAAGUUCAAACAUGUAUAUUGCUUUAUCUGUGAAUAUAUUGAAUGAUAGUUUUGGGAAUGUUGAAAUAACUAAAACACUUUGUAAAAGGACUAUCGUUUCAUGAUGAAAGUGUACAUAUUAUUGUGUGAACUCACCAGGCGGGAGCGGCGAGCGGGCCGCCAGCGCGGUCCUGAUCCAGUUUCACUUCAGCCUGUCAAGCUCACACCCCCGUCUUGUAUUUUAUUUCAUUGGGCCAGGGAAAAACUCAUUUUUUUGUUGUUGUUGUUGUUAUCGUUGGGUUUUUUUAUUUUUAUGUACAAAAUUUCCACCACCUCCCCACUUAAAUGUAAGUAUUGUGUAAGCACAUUGUCAUACCGAGUGUACAAACAUUUUAAGAUAAUAAAACAAUCUUUUGUAAAAUGA